CCUACCGGGUCAGCGCUUAACUCGCAAAACAGCAAAGCGUGUAGAUCCAAUGAGAUCGCGCCGCGUCCUGGGCUCUGUGGCCGCGACGAGCCGGUGACUGCUGUAGCAUUGAUAUCAGGAUAACGCUGUGUGUGCGGCGUGACUUUAAAACACCGCCGUCGCAUGUGUCUCACUCACUCGGCAUUAAUCUGACAUUUUACCAGGGAGCAGUAUUCAAGUUCCGGAAGUGCACGAAGAGCAUUUCUUAUGAUCCACGCUGUCAAAUCAUCUUCAGUCAUUCAGUUCUGAUAUAAAAACUUCUCCCACUCAAGGUCACAAUGAGGGAAAAGCUGCCGUUAUUAACAUUGUUCUGCCUCGCCAUAGCACUCCUUCCUUCUCCAGCAGGUUCAGUUGCUGUGAUGUCUGUAGACCUGGGAAGUGAAUGGAUGAAAGUAGCUAUAGUUAAGCCCGGUGUCCCAAUGGAAAUUGCUCUGAACAAGGAGUCCAGAAGGAAAACUCCAGUAGCUGUAUGCUUAAAGGAAAACGAAAGACUUUUUGGAGACAGUGCUACAGGAGUGUCGGUGAAGAAUCCCAAAGUGGUGUACAGGUAUAUCCAGAGCCUCUUGGGAAAGACUGCAGAUAACCUACAGGUUGAGCAGUAUCAGAAACACUUUCCCGAACACCAGCUACUCCGAGAGGAAAAGAAGGGAACAGUUUAUUUCAAAUACUCUGAAGAGAUGCAGUACACACCAGAGGAGCUUUUGGGCAUGGUGCUGAACUACUCUCGUGGCCUGGCUGAGGACUUUGCAGAACAAACCGUUAAAGACGCAGUAAUUACCGUUCCAGCUUUUUUUAACCAGGCAGAACGUAGGGCUGUCCUGCGGGCUGCUCAUAUUGCAGGUUUGAAAGUCCUUCAGCUCAUUAAUGACAAUACAGCUGUAGCUUUGAACUAUGGACUCUUCAGGAGAAAAGACAUCAACUCAACUGCCCAGAAUGUGAUGUUUUAUGACAUGGGAUCGGGCAGUACAACAGCCACUAUUGUCACUUACCAGACAGUAAAGACCAAAGAGGCAGGCACGCAGCCUCAGCUGCAGAUCCGUGGAGUUGGCUUUGAUAGGACUCUUGGUGGUUUUGAAAUGGAGCUGAGACUGAGGGACCAUCUCGCCAAACUCUUCAAUGAGCAAAAGAAAUCGAAUAAAGAUGUAAAGGAAAAUGCACGUGCCAUGGCCAAGCUGCUGAAGGAGGCACAAAGACUCAAGACAGUGCUGAGCGCAAAUAAUGAACAUGUAGCUCAGAUUGAGGGGCUGAUGGACGAUAUUGACUUUAAGGCGAAGGUGACCCGUGACGUGUUUGAGGAUCUGUGUUCUGAUCUGUUUGACCGAGUGGCAGUACCAGUGCAGGAGGCACUGUCUGCUUCUGAGAUGUCUUUGGAGGAUAUUGAACAAGUCAUCCUGGUUGGAGGAGCCACUCGAGUUCCCAAAGUGCAGGAAGUCCUUCUUAAGGCAACAAAAAAAGAUGAGCUGGGAAAGAAUAUAAAUGCUGAUGAGGCAGCAGCUAUGGGUGCAGUGUACCAGGCCGCAGCUCUGAGUAAAGCAUUUAAGGUCAAACCCUUCCUGGUCCGAGACGCAGCCAUCUUUCCAAUACAGGUGGAAUUUAGCCGUGAAACCGAUGAAGAUGAAGGAUCAAAGGGAGUCAAGCACAACAAGCGCAUUCUGUUUCAGAGGAUGGCGCCAUAUCCCCAGCGUAAAGUCAUCACCUUCAACCGUUACACUGAUGACUUCACUUUCAACAUUAACUACGGUGACCUCAGCUUUCUCAGCCAAGACGAUCAGAAGAUGUUUGGCUCUGUGAACCUGACCACGGUGAAGCUGUCUGGAGUCGGAGACAGCUUUAAGAAGCACACUGACGCUGAGUCCAAAGGCAUCAAGGCCCAUUUCAACAUGGACGAGAGUGGUUUGCUCAUUCUAGACCGGGUUGAGUCAGUGUUUGAAACUAUCGUAGAGGAGAAAGAGGAAGAAUCGACUCUCACUAAACUGGGAAACACGAUUUCCAGCCUGUUUGGAGGUGGCAGCACAGAGCCUACAGCCAAUAUGACAGAACCAGUACAGGAUGAAGAGGAGGUUCCUCCUGAAGCUGGAAAAGACCAGGAAGAGACAGUGGAAAAGACUGAUGAGGCUGCCAAAGAGCAAUCUGAGACAGAGGAGAAAAGCCAGGGAGAGAAAAGUAAAGAGUCUCAGACUGAGGACAAGAAAUCUGAUGAGGGCUCUGAAAAAGAGGAGCCUCAGGCAGAGAAGGAGUCUGAGGCAUCAGAGAAAUCUGAUGACGGAAAAGCAGCUGGAGCCAAGGAGGAAGAGAAGGAGGCAGAGAAGAUACCUAAACCCCAGAAAAAAAGCAAAAUCUCAGUAGACAUUGGAAUGGAGCUGGAGGUUAACGAUGUGCCUAAUCCUAGCCCAGAAGACAUUGAAGUCUCCAAAAAGAAGUUGCAGGAUCUGACAGACCGAGAUCUGGAAAAACUGGAGAGGGAGAAGUCGCUAAACAGCCUGGAGGCAUUUGUCUUUGAAACUCAGGAUAAACUGUACCAGGAGGAGUACCAGGUUGUGGUCACUGAAGAGGAGAAGGAGGCAAUCUCCAGCAAGCUUAGUGAGGCUUCAGCAUGGUUAGACGAUGAGGGCUAUUCAGCAGGAACCAAAGAACUGAAGGAGAAGCUGACCGAGCUGAAGAAGCUGUGCAAAGCCAUGUUCUUUCGAGUAGACGAGAGGAAAAAAUGGCCAGACAGACUAGCAACACUUGAAAGCAUGCUCAACCACUCUUCUAUGUUUCUGAAGGGUGCUAAAAUGAUUUCAGAAGAUGACCAGAUUUUUACUGAAGUUGAGCUGAAAAGCUUGGAGAGAGUCAUAAAUGAGACUAUGACCUGGAAGAAUGAAACUGUGGCUGAGCAGGAAAAACGCUCUCCUACAGAGAAACCUGUGCUGCUAUCUAAAGAUAUUGAGGCCAAACUCGCCCUCUUGGAUCGAGAGGUCAACUACCUGCUCAACAAAGCCAAGUUUGCCAAGCCAAAGCCCAAACCAAAACCUAAAGACAAGAACUCCACCAGCUCUGAUGGUAAAACUAACAGCACAGAGUCUGAGAAAGUCAUCCCUCCCAAAGGCAAGUCCAAUGGAGCUGAGGAGGUGAAACCAGCAGAGGAACCUCCCACUGAGGAGAAUAAAAAAAAAGAAGAUGAGACGGAGCCAACAAUAGCACUAGAAACAGAAGAAAAAGAAACGACAGAGGAUGAUUCACAAAACCAUAUAGGAGAUGAAUUAUAACAACUGGAGCAUCUCAUUUUGUGUUGUAUUUAUUGACUGUGAUGAAUUUUUUUUUUUUUUUUUUUUUUUUUUUUUUUAUACACCAUCUGUUCUCACAUCACAGCAGAACAUGUCAGACAGUUUUAGGUAAUGUCAGCAUUUUCCUUUAGUUCCUUGUUAACUGUGCUCUACUGACACUGAAUACAUUUCAACUUGAAAGUCUACAAGCAACUGCAGUCUGUGUUAAUCCUGUCUACCUGUUUGGAAUGUACACCUUUACAGAAUUUUCCUCAGUCUGUGUGCACUUCUUAUGGGAUUAUACAUACAAAAAUAAGCUCACUCCUUGUAAAGUUCACUGUGUCUUCAAAUAUUUUAAAAUUUCUGUGCUGACAAAAGAUGCAAGAUGAAUUUGGAUAUGAAGAAAUGUUUCAACACUGGGUUGUCAUCUACAAUAGCAUUUCUGGUAAUUUGCAUAAACAAACAAGAUGGCAAACAUGUAAAAUGGAAGACGUUUAAGAUCACACCUUUCCUGGGCUUUUCUUAUGCUUUGGUGUAUGUGAUGAAAUGCAGAAUUCUGUAUCAGUAGAAUACGAUAACCAAAAGUGAAAUUUGCCCUUGUUCAAAUACAGUUUCUGCGUAUGAGUCAUGUCACUUCAGUAUUCAGCAUCAUUGUCUUAUCACUUGCGUUAUACACUGACUAACCACUUUAUUAGGAACGCUCUUACAUCUGAUCCUGCAUUUAAUUAUCCAACCAGCCAAUCAUGUGGCCACAGCACAUAAAGUCUUGUAGAGACUUGAGCUUCAGGUAAUGUUCAGUUUCAGUGAGCCUGUAUUCAGUGAGGUUUUUUUUUUUUUUUUUUUGUGAAAGUCCCAGAUUAGCAGUUUUUGAAGUAUUCACCCUAGUCCUUGGCAGCAACAACAAUGCCAUGGUCAAAGCAACUAACUAUGUGAGCUUGCAUUAAGCCCUCGCCACCUCUUUGUUAGAUUUGAACAUUAACUGAAACUCUUAAUCUGUACCUGCAUUAUUUUAUGUAGUGGACAGUCAGUUUGGGUUAAGACCACAUCCACUCUCCUAUAUUACCAGUGAACCUUUAGGGACUCAUUUGACUGCACUGACAUUAAGGAACUUUUUUUUUUUCCCCCAUGAGAGCCUUUGCUGUUCCAAGAAAGUAAAAGUUGCAAAUUCCUCCUUUUCAUCCGUUCCCAUUCUUUUCACCAUUCCAUUGUCUUUAUAUUGUUGGUCUACUAAGAAAAGAGUAUAUAAUGUCUGGGAAAGGGAUAUUUUGUUUCUAAGCUGUUAAUAAAAUCUUUUUUAAAUCUC